GUGGCUGCUCGAUUAUCGCUUCAUUGCUCACUCUCAUCGCCCACUUCAGCACCCACCGUGGCUGCCACUCGACCUCCCGCCACGCCGCCGGCGAUGACCGACGCCUCCCAAACGCAAACCCUCCGCCCGUCUCCAUGACGACUCCCGCGAACCCCGCCCCGCUCCUCUCCUCCCGCCCCAACCCCUCCCUCCCGCUCCACCGCCGCCCCCGGCUCCCCCACCCUCCGGCCGCCGCCAACACCACCGGCGCCGUCUCGUCACCAGACUGGUUCCGCCCCCGGCGCCCUCCGGACACGGACACGUCCACUUCAUCCGGCGGCCGCGUCGCCGCGCGGGACCCUGGCGUCCGCGUCAAGGCCAAGGAGGACACCGAGGAGGAGAAGGGUAACAAGGGUAAGAGGAGGAGGCGGUGGUGGGAGCGGUGGUCCGGGGACAAGGAGAGCUACCUGGUCGACGACGUGGAGCCGCUCCCGAUCCCCAUGACCGUGCCGGGGGCCGAGCCCAUGUCGCGGGAGGAGCUCGACCGCCGGCUCAGCUGCGACGUCGAGAUCGAGGAUUGUAAGACGGUUUCGUACGAGUGGACCGGCAAGUGCCGGAGCUGCCAGGGGACGGGGCUGGUCAGCUACUUCAGGAAGAAGGGCAAGGAGACCAUCUGCAAGUGUGUACCAUGCGCCGGCAUUGGGGUUUGCCUUCUAUCAUGAUGAACCCGUCCCCAAGUUCCUGUCAUCACCAUGGAUCCAGGGUUAUGUAAGGAAAAUUACAGUCCGUGAAGACAUUCAAAAGAUCGAUGAGCUAGACAAUGGCAAGCCACCAUAAUUUGAAGGGUCCAAGUUAUUUGACUGCUGUAGUUUUGAAACUGCUGCUGAAUAGCUUGUGCUCGCAACCUUCAAGUUGACCUAUGAUUCUUUCCACUGCACAUUCUACUGUUCAGGCACGAUACAUAUUCUUUAAGCAUUGCAAACUUAUCGAUGGUGCACAAUAAUUGUACCCCUGUUA